AUGGCGCGCUGCCCGCGCCGGGCGCUGGGCGCGGCGGGGCCGCUGUUGCCGCUGCUCUGCGCGCUGCUCCGCGCCGCCGCCGACACCAGCACCGGCCGGGGUUGGUUAAAAACUUAUGGCUACUUACUUCCAUCUGACAGCCAAAUGUCUCCCUUGCAGUCAGGAAAAGCUGUGCAGUCUGCAGUUGCCACUAUGCAACAGUUUUAUGGAAUCCCAGUAACAGGAGUUUUGGACCAGACAACUAUUGAGUGGAUGAAGAAGCCUCGAUGUGGAGUUCCGGAUCAUCCCCACCUACGUCGCAGCCGGAGGAAAAAGCGGUAUGCACUCACUGGCCAGAAGUGGAGACAGAAGCACAUAACCUACAGUGUACACAACUACACCCCCAAGGUUGGCGAGAUUGAUACAAGGAGAGCCAUUCGUCAGGCCUUUGAUGUUUGGCAGAGAGUGACACCACUUACCUUUGAAGAGGUCCCUUACCAUGAAAUUAAAAAUGACAGAAAGGAGGCAGAUAUUAUGAUAUUUUUUGCUUCUGGUUUCCAUGGAGACAGUUCUCCCUUUGAUGGAGAAGGUGGAUUCCUGGCUCACGCUUACUUUCCUGGACCAGGAAUUGGAGGAGACACUCACUUUGACUCAGAUGAGCCAUGGACCCUGGGAAAUUCUAAUCAUGAUGGGAACGAUCUCUUCCUGGUUGCAGUCCACGAGCUGGGGCAUGCUCUGGGUCUGGAACAUUCCAAUGAUCCCAGUGCCAUCAUGGCUCCUUUCUACCAGUACAUGGAAACGCACAACUUCAAACUGCCCCAGGAUGACCUCCAAGGAAUUCAGAAAAUCUAUGGUCCUCCUAUAGAGCCCCUGGAGCCAACCAGGCCUUUACCAACUCUUCCUGUUCGCAGAAUUCACUCCACUUCGGAAAGAAAGCACGAGAGACACCCACGACCUCCCAGUCCUCCUCUGGGUGAUAGGCCAGCUCUCCCUGGCUCCAAACCGAACAUCUGUGAUGGCAACUUUAACACUGUGGCUCUCUUUAGAGGAGAAAUGUUUGUUUUCAAGGAUCGCUGGUUCUGGCGUCUGCGCAACAACCGGGUGCAGGAGGGGUACCCCAUGCAGAUUGAGCAGUUCUGGAAGGGCCUCCCUGCAAAGAUCGACGCAGCCUAUGAGCGCUCUGAUGGCAAAUUCGUUUUCUUCAAAGGAGAUAAGUACUGGGUUUUUAAGGAAGUGACGGCAGAGCCAGGCUACCCUCACAGCCUGGUGGAGCUGGGGAGCUGCCUGCCCCGGGAGGGCAUCGACACUGCGCUGCGCUGGGAGCCCGUGGGCAAAACCUACUUCUUCAAAGGGGACAGGUACUGGAGGUACAACGAAGACAAGAGAGCAACGGACCCAGGCUACCCAAAACCCAUCACCGUGUGGAGAGGAAUCCCUCAGGCUCCUCAGGGGGCUUUCAUCAGCAAGGAAGGCUUUUACACCUACUUUUACAAAGGGAAGGAGUACUGGAAGUUUGAUAACCAGAGGCUGAGUGUGGAGCCAGGCUACCCCAGGUCGAUCCUCAAGGACUGGAUGGGCUGUAACCAGAAGGAUGUUGAGCGGAGCAAGGACCGGCGCCUCCCGCACGACGACGUGGAUAUCAUGGUGACAAUAAAUGACAUGCCCAGCACUGUCAAUGCCAUUGCAGUGGUGAUCCCCUGCAUCCUGUCUCUGUGUAUCCUGGUCCUGGUAUACACAAUCUUCCAGUUUAAAAACAAAGAGGUGCAGCAAAAUGUUGUGUACUACAAAAGACCUGUCCAGGAAUGGGUAUGACACAGCUUGCUGCACAUUUCAACUCAUUGAGCUGAUGAGGACUAUGGACAUGCAAAAAAAGAGGAAAAAAUGCAUUGAAAAGCCUACCAAACAAAACUACUUCAGUGACCUACAAGUUUUGGACACCCUGGGAUGGAAAUAAGCAGGAAAACCGGAAAAAAAUACAGGCAGGCAGCCUUGGCAGUGUGGAGCCUCUUUCCUUUGUACUGCUUUGGUCACCUGCCGGUUGUGGUGCCAUCCACCGGCUCGCUCUGCCAGCACCAGAGUCUUCGAGACAGGUUUCAACUGAUCUGGGAAACUUCCUUCAGUUCCCUGCACCAGUGCUCCCUGUUAAACCCAGCAUUCUCCAGUGUAGCUAAACCACCUCUGAACAGAACCAUUUUUUUAAUAGCUGUCUCAUAAAUGAAUCAAGAUCAUGAAAUCUAUGAACAAGAACAAUUUCAGUGUCAUAAGCAGAAGACAUUCUGAUGCUGAAUCAUUCUAAAAAAUCUUCUUAGUUUAUUAAAAAAUCCAGGGAUCUACCUGGAUACAAUUUUCCAAUACCUGCUGGUCAGAUGUUUUGUACAUUCAUAACUAAGCAAUGCUGCCACUCAGCACAGUGCACGAGGAACCACUGAGCACUCAAAGAGGUACCGGAGUGUGGAGCAGAAGCUCAAGAAGCACCAAACCUGGCAAGCCCUAGACUGGGACAAUCUGAAGACAAAGUAAUUGGGUAAAAAAAAAUAAAAAAAAAAAAAAAAAAAAAAAAAAAAGAAAAGAAAAAAAAAAUCAUGGUUUUUGUUUUGGGAGCCGAUCUUGAAAGAAAUAUUUAAAUGUCAUUUAAGCUGGCUUAAGCUCCCGCCAGCAAGAACCCAGGAACCAAUGGUUACUGAAAUACCAGGAAUGUGUAUAGACAGACUGCACUCUGCCCGUUAAGAUGCUGGGAAAAGAUGAGUUGUUGUUCUGUGGCAUGUGUAACUAGAUUGUGGAAUUUAUAUGUUGGGUUUCAGGAGAAUGGGAAUGUUUGUUUGGAGUGAGGUCGUCAUUACAUUUUGCUGAAAUAAUCAAGGUACAGUAAGAAUUAGGCCUGUUUAUAAAACUAAAUCCAACCCCUGCAGAUGUUACAAACAUUUUAUGCCUUCAGGAUCUGGGGGUUUGUUUCGCUCACUUCUUCACAGGAAAAUAUUUGGCAAGGACCAAAGGAAGCAUGCCACACAGUAGAAUGAGUUUACCACGUUUGACAGAGCCAUAAAAAUCAGGUAAAGGCAAGAAAAAUACCUUAACUCUCAGCUAGUGACUUUCCACAGGUCUCUUCCUAAAACAUUAGCUUCUGCUUGUCCCUCUUACAGUUGUGAGUGAUUCAGGACAUUGUGCCCUAACCACAAACUUUUGAUUUUCAUGUUGAUGCUGAUAUUUUUACCAUGUUGAAUAAGAGUGGAAGAGUCUUUUGCAGUGCAGUGUAAGGGUGAAGUCCAGCACUGUACAGAAGUGCCAUCCAUGUCAGCACAGGAAUUGCUUUGCCCGCUCACCAUGGGGAACAGGUGAUUAACCUAAACCCUCUGCCUAUAACUGAAUUUCAUUGAGUGCAAUGGAAGUGCAAUGCACAGAAUGUCCACUUAGUGUACAAAAAGUACAGCUUUGAAAUGUCAGCUCUGAAAAACAUCCCCAAGGACAACAAACAUAAAGUAUUCCUAAUUACAAUAAGGAACAAAGCAGCAGAGAGAUCGUUAGAAUUAUGGAUUGCUAAUUAGUGCUCAAAUAUUGCUCUGGUGAAGCAGGAUAGACAUAUAGAUUCGUCUGGUGAAGCCCACUAUGACUGCAUUAACGUGUGGUCUCAAACUGUAUUUUGUCCUUCAUAACUGAUUUCCAUAGCCAAGCUGUUUAUUGUGUUUAAACAUAAACUAUUACCAACAUAUUACAAAGUAAGUGAGAAGCUCGUAGAUGCAAAACUUUGAACUGUAGUGACAAAACGUGCUAACGUCUCAUGAUGAGUGAAGGAGUGCGAAGGACCAAACAAAAUCAGAGCUACUGAUCAGACACCCCCACGCUACUCCGCGUUGCUCUGUGUCCCAGAGGUGUGGUGGGACACACCACGGACGCCACACGGCCACGUGGCACCUCGGUCUCAUCUGUACGCUGCCAUCUCGCCGGGACUGCGACAGCCCAAACCUUUGAGCAACUUCCAACAGCCAUCAUUAAAAAAAAAAAAAAAUUAUAUAUAUUAAAAAAAAAAA